AUGGCGGAUUCCGAAUUGCCGAUUCGUUCCAAGCCCGAGGAAACUCCCGCGACUGCCCCUGCCGAAGAAGCAGAACAGAAAGGUCCCAGCAAGAGUGCCCUGAAGAAGGCCGCAAAGGAAAAGGCCAAGGCCGAGAAAGCUGCUGCGCGCGCUGCCCAGGAGAAAGCUCAAGCUGCCGCUGCUGAAGCUAACGAUACCGCGAAGGGCUUGUACGGCAAGCUCCCCGAAUCCGAAGAUGUUGUCCCGUCCACGAAAUUCUCCGAGCUCGGCGAAGAAUUCUAUGAGCAGGAGGUGACCGUGGUGGCUCGUGUCGAUAAUGCCCGCGUGCAGAGCGCCAAGCUUGCUUUCCUGAUGCUGAGGCAGCAGGGUCAGAAGGUGCAGGCUGUUAUUGCGGCUGCCGAGCCCAUCUCGAGACAGAUGAUCAAGUACACGGGUGGAUUGAACGUCAAUUCCAUCGUCCAGGUUACUGGUAUUGUGAAGAAGCCCGAAAUCCCUAUCUCUUCGGCCACUAUCAGCAACCUCGAAAUCCACAUCAAGAAGGUCUACAUGAUCUCGGAGGCUGCCCAACAGCUUCCCAUGCAGGUCAAGGAUGCGGAGAGACCGCCUCCGGAGACAACCGAGGAGGGCAAUCUGGUCGACGCAGAGGGCACACCCAUUGUCACGCUCAAGACCCGUCUGGACAACCGUGUCCUCGAUUUGCAAACGGAGACAAGCCAGGCUAUCACCUGGAUCUCGAGCGGCGUUGCUGAGCUGUUCGCCGAAUACAUGAUCAAGAGUGGAUCGAGAUGGAUCUUCACCCCUAAGCUGGUUGGUGCCGCCACAGAAGGUGGUAGCAACGUCUUUGAGGUCAAAUACUUCAAGAAGAGCGGCUACUUGGCGCAGAGUCCUCAGCUGUACAAGCAGAUGUGCAUUGCGGGUGAUAUGGAGAACGUUUUCGAGAUUGCCCCUGUCUUCCGUGCCGAGGACAGCAACACCCACAGACACUUGACUGAGUUCUCCGGUCUCGAUUUCGAGAAGACAUUCCGCGGCCAUUACCACGAGGUUCUGGAGUUUGCUGAGGACCUCCUUGUGUUCAUUCUGACUCAGUUGAAGGAGCGUUAUCAGGAUAAGAUCGCCAUCAUCCAGAAGUCCUACCCCAAGGCUGGCGACUUCAAGCUCCCAAAGGAUGGAAAGGCGCUAAGACUCAACUACAUGGACGGUGUGGCUCUGCUCAAGGAGGCCGGCGUCGAUGUCUCCGAGCAGGAGCGAUUCGAGAACGAUCUGACCACGGCUAUGGAGAAGCAGCUUGGUCAGAUCAUCCGUGAUAAGUACGACACUGACUUCUAUGUGCUGGACAAGUUCCCCAUGGCCGUCCGGCCGUUUUACACCAAGGCCUGCCCGCAGGACCCCAACUUCUCCAACUCGUAUGACUUCUUCAUGCGCGGUGAGGAGAUCAUGUCUGGUGCCCAGCGUAUCAACGACAUCAAGGAACUUGAGGAGUCGAUGAUCGCCAAGGGCCUCGAUCCCAAGCACGAGGGCUUCGAGGACUACCUGGCUGCUUUCCGCCAGGGCUGUCCUCCUCACGCUGGUGGUGGUCUGGGACUGAAUCGUAUUGUCAUGUUCUUCCUGGGCUUGCCUAACGUCCGCCUGGCCAGUCUGUUCCCCCGUGACCCCCAGCGCUUGCGCCCUUAA